AUGAAGCUCCAGGAGGGUGAUGAUGAUGGUGAACUCGUGAGUAAGGCUAGGGCUGAAACAGAGUUGAAGAGGUUAGCUAAGAAGGCCGAAGAGGCUGAAGGAUUGGGAUUGUCCCGAGGGAACUUUUUGCCUCCGGGAGUCGAGCCAUUGGGGUUGGUGGAGUACGACGAGGAUGUCCAAUUACCACCCAAUGUCAACCCGGAUAUAUCAUCUGAGGAAGCGUCUAUGGACUCUUCUGAGGAGGAUGAUAUUGAAGAGAGAAGGAUAGUCGAUGUCUCCUUGCUUAGAGAACGCUUAGGCUUUGCUGAAGGGUUACGCUUUGGUAAAUUUCUAAGAGUUAAGCCACCUAAGAAUUCUGUUGUGAUUACUGUUGGAGAAGAUUAUGUGGGGAUGGCUAUAGUUCUCGAGCGCGAGGAAGAAGGUUAUGAAGAUAAGGUUCUCCUUCAACCGAUGAAGGUUGAGCUAUUUAACGGUUGCAUCACGGUUAAGAGGGUAGAGGAUAUUGAUUUGGUUCACGCCGAAUUAGAUUCUCUUAUUUAUGUGAGCCCGGACAGUCGUCACUGGACUCGCAGAAGGAGUAAGGAGGUGUUGCAACUACUGGAAGACAUCGACGGUUGGGGCCAUGGCUCCAUUAUAUAA